AUGAGGAGACGGUCGUCUGGCUCUGCGACCGACGAGGACGACGACAGCAGCGCCAUUCCGGACGCCCCAGCUCCGCCAGCUCCUGCGUCGCGCUCGCCCGAGCAUGGCGAUAAGCGCCUCGACGACCUGACCACCUACACACCUCGCACCUCGACCGACGGCGUGGCCAAGGAGCGCCGCCGGAAUAAUGAGACUGUAGCCCGCGCUUCUCUGACAAAGUCGCGCGUCUGGUCCGAAGCCCAACCCGUCCCCGAGAAGGACCUCCAGCGCAAGAUGCUGGACAAGGACAUAAUACCUGACGACAUGGCCGAGGGCUACGCCCGCCGCCGCUCGCGAUGGCGGAACCCGUGGUCCAUCUCCACCCUGACCUUCGCCGUCACCGUCGCCGCCUUCGUCGUGCUCUUCGGCAUCGUCCAGUCGUUUUUCACCCGCCAAUUGGACCCCAAGGGCUGUGAUAUGUCUCGCAUGUGGGCCGCCUUUGUCAAGUACGAGGAUUUCGACACCGAGCACACUCGCUUCGCCAGCAAAUACUCGUUGUACAUGUACAGGGAAGGAGGAAUCGAUGAGGACACCAGGGUCAAGGGAGUGCCCGUACUCUUCAUCCCCGGCAAUGCGGGCAGCUACAAGCAGGUCCGGUCCCUAGCUGCAGAGGCUGCCUACUACUACCACGACCACAUCCAGAACGACCCCGACGCCCUCGCCGACGGAAAACGAGCAUUGGACUUCUUCUCGGUCGAUUUCAACGAAGAUAUCACAGCAUUCCACGGACAAACGCUUCUGGACCAGGCCGAAUACCUGAAUGAUGCCGUGGCGUACAUUCUCUCCUUGUACCAUAACCCGUCGCGGUCGAUGCGGAGCUCCGACUUUCCGGAUCCGAGCUCGGUUAUCAUUGUUGGGCACUCAAUGGGCGGUAUCGUGGCACGGACGAUGCUCACCAUGCCGAAUUACCAGGCGAACUCGGUGAACACCAUUCUCACAUUAUCCGCUCCGCACGCCAGGCCUCCGGUUUCGUUCGAUUCGGACAUCGUCAGCACCUACAAGAACAUCAACGAUUACUGGCGCCAGGCAUACUCGCAACGUUGGGCCAAUGACAAUCCGCUAUGGCACGUUACACUCAUUUCGAUUGCUGGAGGAGGUUUAGAUACUGUGGUGCCUUCGGACUACGCAAGUAUUGCUUCACUGGUCCCGGAGACCCACGGAUUCACAGUCUUUACGGCGUCGAUUCCGCAUGUGUGGACAGGAAUGGAUCACUUGGCGAUUACGUGGUGCGACCAGUUCCGGAAGAGCGUCAUACGCGCUUUGUAUGAUGUUGUCGACGUUUCACGUCCCACGCAGACAGUCCCCCGAGCAGAAAGAAUGCGGAGCUUUAAGAAGUUUUUCUUGACCGGGCUCGAGGACAUUGCCGAAAAAACUCUGCCGCACAAGGAUCCCAGAACCCUUUUAACGUUGGAGGAUAACUCGAAUUCCAUCAUUUCCCAGGGAGAACGCCUUGUUCUGCGAUCAUUCGGACAGCAGCGGAAGCCAAAGGCCUAUCUUCUCCCCGUCCCUCCCCAGGGUGCUCCAGAGGGAAGGAAAUUCACCCUCAUGACGGACCAAAAAAUUGAUGCAACCGGAGAAAAUGGCAAGCUGGAGGUUCUUUUCUGCAGCGUGUUCCCUCUGCAGGCAGGGCAGUCGGCUGCGAUUUUUUCGAUGGAUAUGGAUCUUUCCGGAGACAGUUCUGGAUCUACGCGCCUUGCGUGCAAGAACGCAGCGAGCGACGUGAUCCAGCUCCCAGCGUCGACCAAGACCUCUCAAUUCCCCUUUGACAAAGUGCAGCCGUUCUCAUAUCUCCAGUACGAUUUGGAAGAUCUUGCUGAUCACCAAUUCGUGGCGGUCGUGGAUAAAGCGGUCGAGCAUACCAAUGGCUGGGUUUUGGCAGAGUUCAGUGCGCGGUCUGAAGCUCUCAUCAAGACCAAAAUGGGACUCCGCAAGCUCUUGACCAACGGGCUCCAUGUGAAAUUGCCCGCGAAACGGCCAAUGGUCAUGGACAUAAAAGUUCCGGCCCUCCACUCCAGCCUGUUGGCUUACAAGCUGAACAUCAACCCCAAUGCCAAGGGUUGUGGCCAUGGAGGAGAGCUUUUCGCUCCGCUAUUGCGGCAGUACAUCCAGGAGGUCUAUGAAUCAAAAUUCUACGUCAAUGCAAAGGAAGCUGACAUCAACCUCCACGGAGUCGCGCCGUACAUGCCACCGUCUUUCAAGCGUAACAAGUCUAUGAGCGAGCUCAAUGGCCUCUCUCUUCAACUUUGGACUGACCCUACUUGCGAGGCAUCAGUGAAGGUUGACUUGAAUGUCGACUUUUUCGGCAGCCUAGGUAAACUCUGGAUGCGGUACCGGACCGUUUUUGCGACGCUGCCUCUGGUGGCAGUAGCCUUGGUCCUGAGGAAGCAGUUCAAGGUCUAUGACGAGACAGGCAUUUUCAUGAGUUUUGCUGAAAGCAUGAACCAAUGUCUUCGCUCAUCUAUCCCCGUGCUCUUCCUUGCUCUUACAUUCUGCGGCUUGUCUCUUGCAAGCGCUAGUCAAUCUUCGUCAUCAUCCCAUGGUUCGCAUUGGUUCCCGUCCCGCAAUGGCAAUGCUACUGAAACCCCAUCAGACUUCACCAAGAACGAUCUUUUGCUCGGCUCGCAGGACACCUUUUUCUGGUUUCUUGUUCCGCUGUUCGGCCUGAUGUGCACCGGCGUCUGCGUUGCGAUCAACUACGUUACUCUCAUCAUCCUUCAUGUCUUUGGGCUGGUUUACACUUGGGUGAGACCCGCACUACGGUGCGAUGAGGGAAGACGGUCUCCGACGGCGUUUGCGGUUAGUUCGACGAAGCAGCGUGUAAUCACCACCGGCGUCCUCCUUUUGAUGGUUUCGACCGCUAUCCCGUACCACUUUGCGUACAUGGUUCUUUGCGUUGUUCACAUUGCAACGACGACGAGAUCUCUUAGGAUUGCAAGGGAGACGCACUCGGAAGCCAACUACAACUUCUUUAAUUACUGCCAAACUAUCUUAGUGCUAAUGAUCUGGAUCCUGCCAAUCAACAUCCCCGUCCUAGUCGUCUGGGUUCGCAACCUGGCCGUUCAUUGGUUGACACCAUUCUCCUCCCACCACAACAUCCUCUCCAUCAUGCCUUUCAUCCUUCUGGUUGAGACCCUGAGUACCGGCCGGAUGGUGCCCAGGGUGACCAACAGGUUCCGCUACUUCACCAACAUCCUCCUUUUCAGCCUGGCUGGCUACGCCGCCAUCUACGGUGUCACCUACGCCUACCUCCUCCACCACAUCGCCAACAUUCUCUGCGCAUGGUUGGUGGCGAUCCACCUAUCCUCGACCUCUCUCAUCACCGUGUCGCGUAAUUUCGGACACCGAUUCGAUAGUAGUAGCAGCAGUCGGCCGCCGAGAGAGGCACCGAUUGGUGGUUUCCUCAAGAAGAGGCCUUAA